CGUCCGCGAGCGCCGCGAGUUGCAGGUGCCAAUGAAUGAGACGCACGUGGACGCUUCGCUUUCUCCUCGCUUUCGGCAGCGCACGCGGCGUCCCGAUGAACCCUCGCGCGCGCGGCUCCUCCAACAUACAAUGGAUUAACCGGAAAGACAUGAGCGCACGCACCGAGGACGGCGUGAGCCUGUGCCAGCGGGCUCUUCAGAUAAUCACCGAGCUGUGCCUCGCCGGCCACGUCGACCGGGAGAAAUGCGCGGACAUCUUUCCAACCGAGAGCAACAUACCAGGAUUUUCUUCCCUUUCUUAUACAUUUCCUUCUUUUUUCUCUCUCUCUAUUACUCUCUUCCUUGUGUGUCCCACACUUUCAUUGCUGCUGGCCUUUUCUGUUUGUCUCGUCUGUCUUUUCAAUUUUUCAAUUUACCCCAUCAUCUUUUACUUCUCUGCCUAUUUCUCUCCCUCUCUUACAUCUCCUCUAUUUACUCUCCACCUCUCCCUCUGCUCGCUCAACUGUCUUCCCCUAAACCAUUGCCUGUAGACAUCUCUGUAAGUCUUCUAGCUGUGCUCGUGGGUUUCUGUGGACUCGCCCUUUUGGUAGUCUCUCUCUUUGUGUUUUGGAAGCUGUGCUGGCCCAUCUGGAGAAGCAAGGCACUCUCCUCACACAGUGAGACCGUACCUCAAGGGGUUCUACCUGAGGCUCCAGCACCCACACCUCAUGUCACACCAUCACUUCCGGAGCGCCAGGCCUUACAGGCUGAGAAGCAGGAGAAAAAAGAGGAGGAGGAGGACCAGAAAAGGAAGGUGCCUGAGGUGAUGGUAAACGGUCGUAGUUCGGUGAAGUCGCUUGAGGCAGCCAUGAAGAUCAGCCAGACAUCUCCAGACAUCCCUGCUGAGGUGCAGCAGACAAUACGUGAACGCCUGAGUAAGAAGGCCAAGAUUCAGAAACAGAGUACUGAACCCACCUCCUUCUCCAGACACAAUUCCUUUCGUCGCCAUCUCAGACGGCAGAUGAAUGUCACCAGUGUGGACUUCACCAUGGACACUCUGCCAGUGAGGCAGUCCUCAGCAGUCAGCAUCGGGCGCAUAAAGCCAGAACUCUACAAGCAGAAGUCCGUGGACUCGGAGGAAGGGAACAAGGAGCCAGUGGAGACAUGUGGCAAGCUUAGCUUUGCGCUGAAGUACGACUAUGAGGAACAGGCUUUAGUCGUGCGCAUCCUUAAAGCCCUGGACCUGCCGGCCAAGGACUUCACAGGUACCUCCGACCCGUACGUAAAGAUCUACUUGCUCCCUGAGCGUAAAAAGAAGUUCCAGACACGGGUCCAUCGAAAGACACUCAACCCUACCUUUGAUGAGGUGUUUAGUUUCCCUGUGGAGUACGAUCAGCUGUGUAACCGCAAGUUGCACUUCAGCGUCUACGAUUUUGACCGCUUCACAAGUCAUGACAUGAUCGGCGAGGUAGUGGUGGACAACCUGUUUGAGCUCUCAGACCUGUCACGUGAGGCUGUGGUAUGGAAGGACAUUCUCGCCUCCACUACAGAGAGUGUGGAUUUAGGGGAAAUUAUGUACUCCCUCUGCUACCUUCCCACAGCUGGCCGUAUGACUCUGACAGUCAUCAAGUGCCGUAAUCUUAAAGCCAUGGACAUCACUGGCGCCUCUGACCCAUAUGUAAAAGUGUCACUGAUCUGCGAUGGUCGAAGGCUGAAGAAACGAAAGACCACCACUAAGAAGGGCACACUCAACCCUGUGUACAACGAGGCCAUCAUCUUUGACAUACCUCCUGAGAACGUGGAGCAGGUCAGCCUGUCGAUUAUGGUGAUGGAUUAUGACAGAGUUGGACACAAUGAGGUGAUCGGCGUGUGUCGGACAGGCCCCGAUGCAGAGGGUCUGGGUCGAGACCACUGGAACGAGAUGCUGGCCUACCCACGCAAACCCAUCACCCACUGGCACGCCCUGUGUGAGUGGCCAGGAAGGGGAUCUAGCUUCGAAAGCCAGGGUUCCUGUCCUUCACCCAAACCUCCACAGACUCCAUAAUUACAAUGAGACCCUGAAAGCCACAGAUCUUUUCACACUGCUUAGUGGCCAUGUUUUUGGUUUGUAUCACCAGAUAUCUCUUUUUUUUUUCUCUCUUGUUGUAGCUUGUAAAUUCCAUCAUUUUGCCAGAGGAUAACAUGCAGUGCGGGUGUCCUGUGUACACACAGAUAAUGUCACUGUCUUACCUCUAGAACUUGCUGAAUGUGGGUGGGUUAAAGGCAGUGGGUGAAGAAAAACACAUCUCCUGUGUGGUGAUGUGAUGGAAUGAGAUGUUUGACAGUCUAAUGAUACUACAUUAGUGACAUAUCAAAUGAUAGCCUUUAAAUUUUUGUCUUUUGCAUAAUAGAAAAAAUGAUGACAAUAUUUGAUGUUUUAAAUAUUUAUUUUUUUAAAUGACAAGCAUAAUAGUGGCAUGCAAAUUUUAAAAAUCUUACCUUAUUUUGUGUGUGAUUUGAAAAUUAAAAACAGCAGUGUUGAACCCUGAAUAUUCACCUGACCGAUGUAGAUGUCAACACAUAUGGUGAAAAUGUAUGCAAAUGUUUAUACUCCUGCUUUAUGGGUACAUAUACAUUUCUUACUCUUGUAAAGUAAAUCAUUCUUUCUUAACUUCCUAUUUACUACAAUCAUUGAUCACAUGAUAGAAGGGAACCUGGACCUCUCAAAAUAUAGCCUGUAAGGAACUGUUCAUCAAGAAACAGGUCACGGCUUGUCAUUUCUGUGCUUUUUUUCAAUUCUGAAGUGUGUGCAUAAACCAUUUUAACCAACAAAUAUAGAAGAAAUGGUAACGUAUGAAUUUAAAUCUACAAUUUCCUGAUAUGGGGAAAGACCUCAGGCAUAUGAAAGCAAUCCAGGGUAGUGGUGCUUCUUCAGUUUGACAGGAAUAAGAGCUAGAACCCAUCAAGCCAUAUGUCCAAUUAAAACCUUAACAGAAAAAAAAAUAAUAAUAAAGCGCAACAAGAUGGAGGGAGCAGAAAUCCUACUUUAGAGCGCACAUUUCAGGAAGCAUGGAGGAUUGUGAUGAUUCUGUCAUCCUCAUGACAACCUCAUGCUUUCAUCACAUUACAGAUUUUAUACAAGGCAGAAUUCACAGCAGCAGCUAAUGUAGCACGAGGAUUUAUUUCCAUAAGUCAUCAAAUGCACAACGAAGAUCCCCUAAAAUAAUCAUUUGUCUGCUACAAUCUUUUUUCAUUCCUUCAUGUCUACUAUCAACAAAUGUGCAUAAUCUAGAGAAUGCUGUUUAUAUCUAUAGAAGUCUUUAAAGGUCUCUUUUUAUUUAACACUUGAAAAAUUUUUAUUUUUCAAUAAUCGAAAUCAAAUGUUUUGAAAUUAAAUUAAAAUUUUGACAGCAGCGAAAUAUUCAGUUUCAUACAUGAGUAUGAGCUAGGAAUAAUGUAUUUUUAAAUAAAUAAAUAGAAAAAUCAAGAAAAAUAAAUUGAAUAGAAUAUGUUCAUUUUUAAUGGUGAAUUAAAACAAUUCUUGGUACUGAGUUCAGAUUUUGGGACGUUUGGUUCUGUCCCUUUAACUGUAGUUUUCUUUCCUUAAGACACAGAAUGUAAAAAUUAUUCAACGUUGUGUCCCCGAGGAUUAUUUAACUUAUUUAAAUUCAAUAUUUGGAAAAAAAAAAGGGGGCGGCAAAAUGAACCUUCACAUUUAUUUAGUUGAAUUUACCUCCAUAAAUCCUGGCAUAUGGAGUUAAUAGCAAAAUGUAGCUGGUGUUGACGUAAUUCAAGUUGUGUGUUUUUUUUUUUUAAACAACUAAGUAAGUACAUGUUUUGUAACUAAAUAAAAAGAACAGGCAUAUGGAGGACAUUAGACGUUUAGAAAGUUUGUUUUUCCCAGUGGGUUUCUCAAAAACAGCUGAUGCAGCAGUAAAACUAGAACACCUUGCAAUUAUGCAAAUUAGUCUCAGUAAUUAAAAUUAUAUGCAACAUUCUUGGACCAAAGGAAUAAUCCAGAAUAUACAUUUAUGAUUUUCUGUUCCCAUUCACCAUUGAUUUCAUGUUACCAUAGCAACACAGCAUCCCUAGUGUGAAUUAGUGAUCGAGAACCUGCGUAGAUUUGGAAAUCAUAUAAGGUCUAUGAAUUGCACAACUCUCACUCAAUUGGCUGCUAAAAGCGCUCUGUCUUUUGAUCACAAAUGUAAUGCAAUGAACAUGGCAAAUAUCUAAAGGCUGUGUACUGUUAACUUUAAUUUGCACAGUAGGACUACGUUUCUGCCCCAGUACAACAAAAAGUAAUACAUUCUUGUAGCAUGUUGAUACCAGUCUCUCUAUUUCCUUGCUAAGAUUCUAAAUAUGAUAGAAUUUUAAAUAUGAACUACUGAAUUUUGGAGUUCUCUUUGUAUUUGCACAUAUCCUCCUUUCCAGUGCCAACGUGCAUCAAUACUUGAGCGUAAAUACUUGAGUUUCUUGAAGUUAUGUUAAAGUGCAUUUCUAUGGAUCGUUUGGUGAUCAUUUGUACGAUAAUGAAACUUGUGAUCUUAUAUAACUUUAUACACAAUUUGCAUCUGUUGUGAAAUGUUGAAUCGAACUUGCUGAAAGUGCUAUUCUUUGAGGCCAUCGAAUAGUUCCUCAGUAAAAUUCAGUGCUUUUUGUCUUGUAUCUGGCAAAGAGAAAACGGUGUGCACUACUCGUCGUCAUGAAAUGUACAGUUUUGUGAUAACUUUUGUAACAUUCAGUAAAUACUGAAUAUUGUAAUUUUACUGUAUCUGUUUCUUAUGUACUUUAACUAAGUAAAUGCUGUUUGUCAAAAUGCAAUUCAUGAUUUUCUAUUUUUAAAUAUUCAG